AUGGAGAAGAGUCAUGACUACCACGUCAGCUCCGGCUCAGAGUCGCCGGAGACCGUGCUACGUAGCAACUCGGUCGAAGCGAACAAAGGCGAGGCUCGUCGAGGUUCCAAAGCCAACGAGGCCACCGACAUCUACGGCGACGUCGCCACGGCCGAGGAAUAUGGAUAUGUCUCUCGAGGUCUCAAAUCCCGUCACAUCCAGUUCAUUGCUCUUGGGGGGACGAUCGGCACCGGUCUGUUCUUGGGUAUCGGUCGUGCCUUUACCCAGGCCGGUCCCCUGUCGGUCUUGCUUGGUUACACAUUCACUGGUAUCGCCGUCUUCGCCAUGAUGAUGUCUCUCGGUGAGAUGGCCACAUGGCUUCCUUUACCCGGCGCCAUCCCUCAGUUCUGCGCCCGUUACGUCGAUGACGCCAUGGGUUUCGCCGUCGGCUGGAACAACUGGUACUCUUGUGCCAUCACCCUCUGCGCCGAGAUCUCCGCUGCCUCCACGGUCAUUCAAUUUUGGCCUGGCGCCCGCGACAUCAACGUGGCUGCGUGGAUCUCUCUCAUCCUCGUGUUAAUCAUCUGCCUCAACAUUUUCGCCGUCUCCAUCUAUGGGGAAGCCGAGUUCAUCUUCGCCUCGAUCAAAAUCGUCACCAUUCUCGGCCUCUUGCUCCUCGCCCUGAUCAUCGAUUGCGGCGGCGUUUCAGGACAACAUCGUCUGGGCUUCCAGUAUUGGAAUAAUCCCGGAGCCAUGAAGCCAUAUAUUGCGAGCGGUGACACCGGUCGCUUCUUGGGUCUCUGGUCCACCCUCGUGAACGCCGCUUUCUCCUAUGGUGGUGUCGAAAUGGUGGCCGUGGCCGCGGGUGAGGCCGAAGAUCCUCGUCGCAACAUCCCCAAGGCCGUCAGACGGGUCUUCUGGCGUAUCCUCUUCUUUUAUGUCUUGGGCUCCUUGGCCAUUGGGGUUUUGGUCCCCUACAACGACAAGAACCUCCUGAGCGCCAUGGCGAGCGGAGCGGCUGGUGCGGCCCAGUCUCCAUGGGUCAUUGCCAUCACUCGCGCCGGAAUCAAGGUCCUUCCCUCCAUCAUCAACGCCGUCAUCUUGACUUCUGCGUCGUCCUCGGCCAACGCCUUCUUGUACACCGGAUCCCGCUAUUUAUACGCCAUCGCGCAGAACCGUCAAGCACCGAGAUUCUUGCUCAAGUGCACCAAGAAAGGCGUUCCUGUAUAUUGUGUCUUGAUCACCUGGUCGAUUGGUUUCUUGACCUACAUGUCGUGCUCGUCUGGCUCGAACAAGGUCUUCACAUGGUUCCAAAACUUGACCACCAUCUCCACUCUCUUCACCUGGGUCAGCAUCAACAUUUCUUACAUCCGUUUCUACUAUGCUUGCAAGGCGCAAGGCAUCGACCGUAACACCCUCCCCUUCAAAUCCCCCUUCCAGCCCUAUCUGGCCUACGCCGCCGCCAUUUUUUUCGGCCUGAUCAUCUUCUUCAACGGAUUCGAUUCCAUCGCCGGAAGCUGGGAUUACCAGGCCUUCAUCACGGAUUAUAUUGGCAUUCCCAUUUAUUUCGGCUUGUAUCUUUUCUGGAGAAUCUUCAAGCGAACCCAUUUCCGCAAAUCAAGGGAAGCCGAUCUGUACACCGGGAAGGCUGCUUUGGAUGCUGUUGUUUGGCCCCCGCGUCGUCCUCGCAACUGGGUCGAAAGAGUCUGGUUCUGGGUGGCAUAG